AGUGGUUCAUCACAUGAGUUCCUAUCUUCACAGAUAUAUUGUAUCAAUACAGCAAACAGACAACAUCAACAAAUCGGAUAUUUCAGGUUAAGUCCAAAACCUUUGCUAGAAUGUCCACCCAGGUGAUCUCAACUGACAACGCUAAAGUUGUCAUCCAGAUAAAUCCACAGCUGGUUCAAGAGAGUGGUGAGGGACAAGAUAAGAGUGGAACAUAUCACAAUGCAGUUCUUAGAGGUUUUUUCAAAGCACAACCAAAGUCACUGGGGACCGUCCAGAUAAUGAUAGGAGUGAUGAUCUUCUUAUUUGGGAUUGUGCUGACCAUAAGGGACAGAUAUGAGAAUAUAACUGUACUCAGUGGCAUAACCUUCUGGGGAUCCCUCAUUUACAUUACUGCUGGCUCUCUGUCUGUUGCUGCGGAAAAUAAACUCCAUUCCUGUGUGGUUAAAGCCUCACUUGGAAUGAAUGUGGUCAGUGCCAUAACAGCAGGAGCAGCCAUUUUUCUGAUGUCUGUGAAUUUAGCCGAUGUGAGUCGUUUACAGUGCUACAGUUACUCAGAGUCCAGAAGCUGUACACAACUUAAGGGGACCACUGGAAUUUUCCUGGUGUUCACCAUCCUUCAGUUCAUCAUCUCUCUCUGUAUCUCGGCGUUUGCCUGCAAAGCCACGUGUGACACAAACCCUUCAAUGGUCAAUGUUUUACUUUAA